AUGGGAUGUGAAGAGGGGGCACAGCGACACCAGGAAGAAAACUGCUGCUGGAAAAGCUCCGCCAAGCAUCCCUUACUGGACUCCUCUCCACGGCCCUUUUGGAACUCUAAGGAGAUACUGCAUCAGCUUACCCUCUCUCAGCUGUUCUCUCACCUCAGAGUCUUAGAGAAUCUUAUACAGCAUAAAUUUAACCAACUUUUAUGGGGCAUAUCCUCUGUGUUCUCUGAGUCAGUUGUGGCUACCGCCUGGGCCUCCAGAAAACCUUCCUCAGGAAGACAUAAAACUGUGAGGUUUAGUGAUGCCUGUGUCCCUGUCCAAGCUCUACCCAUGGCUAAAGGACCACCACAGCCUUCCCAGGAUCCACCAUUACCCCACCAACUUGUGACACCAAGCUUGGUGGGUAUGACAGGGAUCCAGGAACUAGAAGACCUUCCAAGCUCUACACCAAGCCAAACACCUUCUUUGGUCAAGAGUAGGGCCUAUGGAAAAGCAUGUCCUACCACUGAAAGAGGGAUACAAGUAUCCCUUCCAAGUGAAAAUGAACCCUGGAAAGACAGAUUGAAUUGGAAAGACAAUAUAGGCUCUAAUGUCCAAAAACAUCAAGCAGCCACUAGCCAGCCCACUGACAACUUGUCCAGGAGCACCCUGCCCAUUAAAGCUAUCAGGUCAGCCUCCACCCUUCCUGAGCAUUGUCAGAUGCUCCAGCAUCACGAGGAGACACUGAAUGCAGACAAGGCAACUACUGUGGGAGAACAACAAGGAAUCCCAGUCAGACUCCUCCCAUCCAAGGAGCUGACCCAGCUUCAGGGACAUUUCCCAGCAAACAGUGAUCAUUACUGCAAGAGCAGGCCUCAACUCUCCCAGCCUGCCCAGCCCUCCAGCCUCAACUCCAAAAGCUUCAAGUGGAGCCAGAUGAUGGGGUCUGUGCCCACAGGGGUGCCCUUAAAGGAGGCCAUAGCAAAACGUGACAUACCUAAUACCAUCAAGAAGGGCCUCGGUGUGGGGGUCAAACACCUGCCUUGUACUUCAAGCAGCAGCCCUGGGAAGGGGCUGGAACCCAGGAACCCUGCAGUAAGGACAGAUAAGUUGUCCUCUAUAAACACCACCAAGGACCUUUCCUUCUUCGAUCCAAAGACUCAAAUGAAGCUGGAACCAAACAUCAUGCAGCUUCCUAUGAAAGGCAAAAGGAAACUACCCUGUGAUUCCAAGGCUGAAUACUAUUCUAAGGCUGCCAUGAUCCUGGAAAAAUUGCAUCAUCAAGAUCCAGGAGGGACAAGGGUAGCAACUGUAUCAACUGCCAGGCUGCGAAACUCUCUUUUUGAACACUCACCUCCAGAGGUUCAGGAGACCCAAAGAACCCCUCCACCUGCUGCCAGCCAUGGGCCCUCAAAGGCCCAUCCAGAUCCACAACAGAGGUACCUGAGUGCUCAGCCCCAUGCUACCUGUUCCCAGGCAAAACUUCAGCAGAGCAAGACUCUCCAAGGAACUGGGAAAGCCUGCCUGCUACCAAAUACCAGCCCAGGAACAGCCAGGCAUGCACCAUGGAGGAAGUCUGAGGGUGUGGCCUCAGGACAUCCCUGCUGUAGUGCAACAAGAGUUGGCCCUGAUAAAAGUAUCCCACCUUCAGUGGUCAAACAAACCAACACACUGAAGGUAAAAGAAGAGCCACCUCAAGCAUGGAGGGUGAGUCUGGGAUCUAGUGAGAUUCCCAACGACCAAACCAUCAAAACAGUCUUUGAGUCUGUAGAGAUCAUCAGAAGCCGAGGCCAUUUCCAAACACCUAUCCUUCAACACCCAGGGGACUUAGCUCUAAAAACAAAAGUAUAUAAUAAGGUCAACUUGAAAUCAAGCAAACCUGUGAACCAUCAUCCUCAUGGCCCCAGUACAGUACACCCUGCCACGGUCAGCUUGUCCUCAUGGCACUCACUUCUCAGCUUCCAAAACCCCAAGACUUCCCAGGGUCAUGGCUUCAUGAAGAGUGAUCAGAGUGUGGAGACUCAGGAGUUCAGAGUCCACAAGGAUAAGAUAACAGCAAAGAAUGACAACACAUUUCAUUCCCAUGAAGAGAGACCAAGUAUUUUGAAAUCUGGAGGCAUAAGCCAUGGAGAAAGUCUUGGGAAAGUAAGGCCUUCUAUCCCGAGCUCCACCCAGCUCAAGGGUACAGUCAAGACUGAAAGUCAAUCCUUCCUAUAUAAACAAGGAAAAAGAGAGGCUCCUCCUAAAAGCUCCUUGAAAAACAUCAUGAGGGAUGCUGCACAAUAUGGAAACCUCAGCACAAACUGCAAGAGGGAAGGGGAUUCUUUGAAGAAUGAAAGCCCUACACUGGCUACUGAGCAGACACAGGAGGUAAUAGAAAGAGAAAACAUUUACGGUACAGUGGAUGAACUACAAUCCUUCAUAAAUGUUCUGGUCCAGAACCUGGUCGAUUACGUAGGUGCAUCGAAGGAACAAGAGUGUAAAGUGGAAUCACUGACAUUCCAGCUGCUUGGCUCUUCUGAGGGUCUCUAUGACCCAAACCUUAGCAGACCAGUAAGCAGAAUAAGUUGUGGCCAUGCCAGCCCUGAGAGGCACAAGCAUUCACCCAGAUACAGAAAAAUUGAACACAAACAGCAGCCAGGUGUUGACCAUAAAGCCUUUGACCCACAUCAAAGCCCAAAGAAAGGAAUGGACUCUGGCUGUCUUAUGAGUCCCAAAGAGAGCCAUCCAGUCAAGUACAGGGGAACUGGAGGCCAGAAACAGUCAGCUAUUGUUGCUCAGGGAGCCUCUGACCCAGAUGAAAUUAGAACAAAGUAUGGAAAGGAGUUUUUUCCACAUAGAAGCCCCGAGAUGCAUAACCAUUCAUUCAGAGAAACUAGAGACAAACUGCAGAGAGACUGCGACCAACAUCCCUACAGUGUGAACAGAGUAGGCUUUGAGCAGCUCCCUACUUCCAAGGGAAACAACCAUCCACACCGGUCAAGGACAAAGGAACUAGAGGCCAGAAGCAGUCAUAUGUUACUCCCCAGGGAGCCUCUGAUCCCAGGUAGACCUUACCAGCAGAAGCUACCAUCUUCGCCUUCCUGA